AUGUACAUGUUCCUCGCGCCCGUCAUGCCGAGCUACUGCCAUAGCUGUCUCCGAAAGGUUAUGGAGGACGUUCGUGAACGCCUGUCGACAGACACCCCCAACCUACCCGAAUGGCUGCAUCUAGACAGAGACGCUAUCCCCGGCGUCCUCCGUAUACUCAAUUACUGGCUCACCACCAAGAAAUCGACCAAGACGAUGCUGGCCUCGCACCAUCAUCAGAACGCAGAAGCCUCGCAGCAAGCCAUGGAGCUCAUAGCCCUGCAGACGGGAAACGAAGCGCUGCAGCGGAAGAUCGAGGAAUCCAAGGCCGAGCAGCGUAGGGAGAUGGAGGAAUCGCUGCGCUCCAUGACCGACGACAUGAUCAUGGACUUCCCGUUCGUUCCCCCAGGCGCGUCUCCCAGCCAGGCGCGCGCGCUCUUGGAGAAGAAUAUGGACUCGCUCGUGGACACGCUGGCGGAAUCAUACAUCAAGGGCAGGAUCACCGGGUACGAGGAGAUCUGGUAUGAGCGGACGAAGGUGUUCCUGCCGCCCUGGCCGUUCAGGCCAAUCCAUAACGGAUUUGUGGAUGGAUGGGAGCAAAUCAAGCAUCCGCCGAGUAUCAAGAAGUCUACGUUUCGCGAGGUGAGUCGUCAACAUUACGCUCUUCGUAGGUUUAUAUCCCCGCUUUCCUGUGAGCAUCCCGCCAAUCAGUUUGCCCCGCAGGACGCAAACCAUAACAAUGAUGAUUACCACCCUGGCGGCGACGGCUACCCUGACCUGAAAUACGACGCCUUCGAGGCCGUGAGCUUCAUGUCGGACUUCAACAACCGUCACGACCCCGAUGCCCUAGAAAAGCCCAGCAUCGGCAUAGACACGGUGACGUACGAAGUCGCGAGCACCUUCUUCGAAGGCGUUGCGCAUGCUAUUCGAGGCCUGCGCGGGCGCAUCACUGUCGAGCUCGUCUGUGGUGGGCUCUCCGAAGAGCUUGCGAAAAUGCGUCUCGGAGGCGAUAUCAAUCGUCCACCGGCCUUCCCGCGGAAGUAUACGAGGAUGUGGCUUAGCAACGUCCCGGACUACACGCAUGGGCCGAUGAACAUGGCUGUCUUCAUCCUUCCGAACUUACAAGACCACCCGCAAGCGGCUGCCGCUUGUAACUGUUUGCUCAACCUGGGCGUAUGGAAAGACGAUGACCAUUUCUUCUACACGUACACUCAUCUCCUCCCGAAGGAUGUCCCUCGCUACCUGGGCUGCCGCAUAAUCCGUCCGCACGCAGUGAUGGAAAUCCUCGUCAUGGGCUCGCAGCCGCUCCCCCGGCCCCUCGCGGAGCUCGCUACGCGCGACGAGCUUACGACGUGGCUCACACGCGUCCUGUUUAACGUGUUUAUCUCCGGGCGCACUCAGCCGUCGCCGAACAACGUGCGGCUCCCGCACAACCUCGUCGCAUUCUUCGGACUCCUCAUGCACCUGCACCGCGUCGGCUUCCCCGCCCACUGGCUUUCCGACUUCCUCGCGCGCAACAUCAUCGCGACGGCGUACUACGGGAUCCCCUUCUCCAUCGCGAGCGCGCUCCCGGCGGACUUCUCGCGCGAUCUGGAGGACAUACGCGUGUGGGAGGCCAAGGUGUAUGUGACGCUGCCGUUUGCGAUGUCUGCAAUUGCGGCCUUUGGAAACUCGGCGCCGUACCAGCCCACGACGCGCCUGCUGUUCUACCGGCCCGCGCUGGUCAGCCCGGAGGAUACGGUCGAGAAGAUGGGGGCUAUAUUCGAGGGGAAGGUCUCUCCUGUGCCUGGCUCGUUCUUCGUGUUGACUGCGCAGGAGUACGUGCAGUACCGCACUCGGGUGCGGUUCAGGCUGAGCAGGAGGCGCGUCGAGCGGAUGAAGCAGGAGAAAUGGAGCAUGGUGGUAUACCGCAACGACCUUGCCGAGAUAGCGGCAAACUCCGUUCCGGCUUCACAAUGGGUUCCGAUCCGGGAGUAG